AUGAGCCGAUGGCGGUUUGCUCGUGCUUCAACGCAGUGGGAGCCGUGGGAGGUGACACUGGAUACGUGGCGGACGGAUCCUGGAGCUUCGAUCGACCAAUCGGAGCGCGCCCAGGUAGCGAGUACCUGCAUUUGCCAAGCAGAUUUUGUGGGAUCUACGGCCAGCGCAGAGCGGUUUAUUACUGGCUCCUUGGCUUUAGCCUUGGACCAAGUGGCCAUUGGCAUCAACGGCUUCGGCCGCAUCGGUCGCCUCGUCGCUCGUGCCGCCAUCGAGAACUGCGAGGCCAAAGUCGUGGCGAUCAACGACCCGUUCAUGGACGUGGAGUACAUGGCGUACCUGUUCCAGUACGACUCGACGCACGGCAAGUUCGACGGGACCGUCGCCACCAAAGACGGCAAUCUCGUGGUGAACGGCGACGUCAUCCACGUGUUUGCCGCCCGCAACCCGUCGGAGAUCCCGUGGGGCAAAGCCGGCGCCACGUACGUGUGCGAGUCCACGGGCGUGUUCACGACCACAGAGCACGCGACGGCCCACCUGGACGGCGGCUGCCAGAAGGUGGUGAUCUCGGCCCCGCCCAAGGACGCGACGCCCAUGUACGUCAUGGGCGUGAACCACAGGGACUACGACGGCUCGGCCCACGUCGUGUCGAACGCGUCGUGCACGACCAACUACCUCGCGCCACUCGCAAAGGUGAUCAACGACCAGUUCGGCAUCGUCGAGGGCCUCAUGACGACAGUGCACGCGACGACGGCGACGCAGCUGCCAGUGGACAGCCCGUCGCGGGGCGGGAAGGACUGGCGCGGCGGUCGCGGCUGUGGCCAGAACAUCAUCCCGUCGUCCACGGGCGCGGCCAAGGCCGUGGGCAAAGUCCUGCCCGUGCUGAACGGCAAGUUGACGGGCAUGGCGUUCCGCGUGCCGACGCCCGACGUGUCGGUGGUGGACCUGACGUGCCGUCUCGAGAGACCUGCGUCCAUGGAGGCCAUCAAGGCGGCGGUCAAGGCGGCGGCCGAGGGCGAGCUGGCCGGCAUCCUCGGGUACACGGAAGACCAGGUGGUGUCGAGCGACUUCCUGCACGACAAGCACUCGAGCACGUUCGAUGCGGACGCGUGCAUUGCGCUGAACGACAGGUUCGUGAAGCUCGUGGCGUGGUACGACAACGAGUGGGGCUACUCGAACCGCCUCGUGGACCUCAUGCUGUACAUGGCGUCGGUCGACAAGUGA